ACCGUAUUGUGGUUUACUUGCUUGAACGUGAUUUGUUUUCUUGCUUUCAACUCUUUAAAGUAAAAGUUACGAAUAAACACAUAUUUAUGCCGUUACGUGCUUAUCAAAAUAAAUGUGUGUUAACUGAGAAGUAGUUUGUCAGUCUGUUGUGGAUCUAGGAUAACAGUAACAAAAUAGUGUAGUAAAAUGAAUACGAAUGAGAAUAAUAAAUCGCGUAUUAAAAAUGAUCACAUCUUGACUGUACUAGUUUGUGCUAUAGCAAUACCUCUAUCUAUGUCUUUAUGGAUAAUUAAUUUAAUAUAUAGUAAAUAUAUAGCUAAGAAUGCAGGAUUUGAUGAGCCUGUGGUAAUAUCACCUGCUCGCUGGCUGGCGGCAUGCUUCAUCCCCAUCAUGAUAGCCUUCUACGGCUACAGAAAAAAUAGCCUCAACGUAAGCGGAGCCACACUUGGUUUCUUCGUGGGAUUUGUGUUAACACUGAGCAAUUUUUGCUUCCUAGCAACACUGUUUACAUUCUUCAUAUCUUCAUCUAAAGCAACCAAAUUCAGACCACAUUUAAAAAGGAAAAUUGAGGAGGAUUUCAAAGAAGGUGGCCAGAGGAAUUGGAUCCAAGUUUUGUGCAAUGGUGGCAUGGCAACACAGCUCGGGAUACUUUACCUGAUGGAUGUUGGUGCUGCUGAGAAACCCAUCGACUUUUUUAACUACUACAGAGCAUCUUGGCUAUCUAUGGGAAUCCUUGGUGUAUUCUCCUGUUGUAACGGUGACACGUGGGCCUCCGAGCUAGGCACCGUUUUAGCCAAAUCUGAGCCCUUCCUAAUAACCUCCCUCAAACGAGUUCCACCCGGCACUAAUGGCGGUGUCACAAUCAUAGGCACUUUGUUCAGUAUAAUUGGCGGCACUGUCAUAGGAAUAUCGCAGUAUCUGGCGAUUUUGUCCUUUUCUGACAAGGCGUCGUGGGAGAACGCCCCGCCCCAGUGGCCCAUUAUUUUAUUUGGAGCCCUAGCUGGAUUUCUGGGCAGCUUAAUUGAUUCUCUUAUGGGAGCUACCUUGCAAUACUCGGGGUUAGACAAAGACGGCAAGAUUGUGUCGCACUCCUCCAAAACAGUGAAGCAUAUAAGCGGUAGAAACAUUCUGGACAACCACAGUGUAAACCUCAUUACCACCGUAAUCAUGGGUCUACUUAUGCCUUUUAUAAGUAAAACUUUAUGGCCAAUAAUAUGAUAUAUUUAAAACUGACAAAGUACUACAAAUAAGAUCAGCAGAACAAUGCAAUACUAAAUACUGGGCAUACUAUUACUAAUUUUUAUUUAAUUUAAUGUAUUAGGGCUUUUCUCAGAAAAUGAUUUGAGAAUAAAAUUGUGCUUAUAAUAAACAAGUCACAGUACAGCCCGUACAGUCAACCAAUUAAAUAUUGUGCUACUUGGGACCUUGCCACAAUGACCUUGUAUACUACUAUGAGUAUUACAAUGAGUGAUGUGGCAAGAGGUUGACUGUAUUUUGUUUUUGUUAAGGGGAAAAUUAAACUUUUACUCAAGAAGCAGCUAUGUGCAGAAAUUUUUAUACCAGUCAAAAAUCGAGUCAUGUUUUUAGAAUUAAUACAAGUAAGGUUUUAAGAUAACUGGACAUACUUAUUAUAAUUAUUGGAUGUACAUGUAUCGUCAAAAAUGGUAGGUGCAUUUUUUGCGGGUUUUCUGGUUCUCAUUGUACAAUCAGGGACAUUCGCGGUGAACUUUUAAACGUUUUUUCUUGCAGGCGGUCAGGCGAUAACAUAAAAGUGAUGACCAAUAGCAUGGCACUUGUGAAUGUGGGUGUCGAAAAACAAGGUUAGCUCAGGUAAAGUUUAUUGCAGUUCAUUGUCUUUGUGACGACCGGCAUUGGCAAAUUGAGAUAAGGAAUCCUAAAUGCAUCCUAAUUGAUUAAUUGAUUAUCUUUCUGGGGAGGCGAAGUUUAGCCUAAACAACAACAACUAAAAAACUGUUGUUUGUCUCGUCAUUACCUGCUUUUGCCCUUUUCAUUAUUAAGAUAAAGAAUUUUAAAUGCAUCGUAAUUGGUUAUCUCAUGGGAGGCGUAGUUUAGCUCGCUCGUAAGGUAAAUUUUCUGAACUGAUUCACCGCGAAUGUCCCCGAUAGUACAGUCGAGUUCGCAAACAUCUAAACAUCUUUACAUUCUUUACAAGACAACGUUCCAAAAAUAUUCCACGACCUAGUGGUCGACAAGUGGCAGUGUCUGAGGGUGGUAUUCCACUUGUCCAAUAUUUGAUCAAAUGUGCAUUCCGUCUAACUUUCUCAUAAAGCAAAAUGUGAGACGCAAAUACAAAUUUGAUCAAAUAAUGGACUGUAAUAUAUUAUUCUCGAGAAUUUGACCGUACUAACUACAUAAUUGAUGAAUGUUAGACCUUAUACUAGGUGUAACGAAAAUAGCGGGGAUCCGUCUAAGGGCGUAUUUGGUAUCGUGUUCUGAUUAGGAAAAAGUAGAAGAAAUUUUUUUUGACGACACUUUCCCUUAAACAGAUCCCCACUUUUUUUUGUUACACCUUGUAUUGUUGCAAUUAGGCGUAUGAAUGGUCAGUUAUUUGUGUGGACGACAGUAAAUUUAAUUAUAAAUUAUAAUAUUUAUGGUGUUAGGUACAUUUUCUAACCAAUACCAGGCAUGGCUCACUCCGCGAUUUCGGUGUCUGUUUUGGUGUCUAGCCAUAGUAGUUGCCUGCUCGCACUUGCGCCACCUUGCGGUCAUAUGUGUCAUAAUUGACGCGUUUUGUUAGAGAGUGAACCUUCUGUACCUAGUACUAUUAUUUAUUCUUUGCCAAUACCUAGAUAGUUAUAGGCGGAACCUGUAUACUAAAGUAA